GUGACAGAGGUUAGAAAAACUGCACGUGCAUUGGAGACUAGGAGAAUGGGGUGGUGGUGGUAUGGUAUGGGGAGUCGUUUUUCGUGCCUUCAAGACAUUUCCUUUUUCUUAGUCGAUUACCUGGGUGAAUGUUUUGCGGGGUAGUCAUGUCUCCGCCUUCCCCUAAAAUAUCUAAUAAACCAUCACCUGAGGUAUUUAUUGAAUGUUGUUUCCAAACAUUACCGUAUGGCGCUCGUAAUGUUUACCUUAGGGCAAUAUUGAUGAUAACAACCUUAGGGUAAUAUUGAUGAUAACAAAGCUGAACUACUUCUGUUGUUUCUAACAAACAUGAGCACUAGUACUGAUGUAUUUUCAGUUUAUUGCUUUUUAAAAAGCGAUUGUUUAAAAAAAAACAAUUUCUUUACCGCCUACAUCAUGAUUUUUUUAUUAUUAUUUAUAAUUGAACAUUAGAAAAAACAAGGGAAAUACUUUGAGAUAUACACGUUGGAAAUAGAAUUGAUCAGUUGAAAGGCACGCUAACGUAACUAGCCCUUUCUUGUUACAUGUAAGGUUUCUCUUUUCGAGACUUGCGGUUCCACGAUUUUAUGCUAUGGCGCUGUACAACAGCUUAGAGCUAAAACAAUAUUCAUCAUACUUGCAGAAUGGCGGAAAUGGCGAUGAAGCACUUAAAACAAACGAAGGAAAGAGAAAAUCAACAUAGGGUUUAUUCUGCGGUUUUUUGGUAUGAUGGUAACUGCUGGAGGCGAUUGGAGAUCUGCAAUCGGGAAUCUCGCGACCAAACACUCUCCACCUUUGAUAUGUUUGUACAACUAUUGAGUUACAUUACAUGAUAUUAUUUCCUCCGACCUUAUGAACCAUCUUUGCCGUUCUUGUUUCUCUAGCAUCUUAUCCAAGCUGCUACCAAUACGCGUUUUUGUCAUUAUUUAGCUGCUCUUUCAAUCGCUUGUUGACAGGCGUAAACUGAUAGCCUCUACACUGAGGUCAUUCUCUUCGUCCCUACACAACAACUAACGAAACAUUGAUCGGCGUAUAGCGCUUGUAGGGUUGAUCGCCCUGCUGUAGAAUAAUGCGCUUUGUAGACCCAAUUUUUAUGGGUUUUUAAACGUUCUAUGAAGUGUCCAGGCUUGGAGCACUACUUCUGGACUUACAGCAGUUACAAAAGUGGCAUAAAUGGCGAAGAAAAUCCAGAAGAUAUCGCAACAGCGCGAGCUGCAAAGUUCGAGUCCGAAAGACUCUGAGACAAGUCUGCGGAGAUUUACCAUCGUGUUUUUCGGAGCUUCGGGUGUUGGAAAAACAUCUCUUAUUCUGCGAUUUCUCGGUUAUGCAUUUAACGACAAUUAUAGUCCUACCAUCGAGGAUUUCUUCAUUAAACACGUCUUCUUCAACAACGAGACUUAUGAACUACAAAUCAUUGAUACAUCCGGGACGUAUGAGUUUCCCGCUAUGAGGAAGGUGGACAUAGCAAAAGGGGACGCCUUUGUGCUUGUAUACUCACAAGACCAUCCCGAAUCUUUUACGAAACUUAACCGCUAUCGCAGUGAGAUUCUAGAAGGCGGCAAGAACAGGCAUCCGUGUAUUGUGGUUUGCAACAAGAAUGAUCUCCCCUUAGCCACUCAUCUAGGAGUUCUGACGGAUCACCGAGGCCUUCGGAUCAGCGCGCAGCAUCUAGUCCAGACAGAAUGGCAGAGUCUGUGGAUAGACUGCUCUGCUAAAGAGAAUUCUCAAGUUGAGGACAUCUUUCUUAGAUUAAUGGACGAAAUGAAACGCGCAAAACAUAAGGUGGACACUCCUGGAAUGUCACGAAAAAUUAGCUCGCUGUUGACGAUUAAAAAGAGGCCUUCUAGCAAGGCCUCGUUUAACACGAUACAGAUUGAUUCGGCCGUCACGAAACAUUUAUGAAGGUUGCGGUCUGGCUCGCAACUCUUGUUUAGCUGACCCUUGUUAAGUUGAACAAACGAGACUCUGGCUCGCCACUCUUGUUGAGAUAACCCUGGUUAAGGUGGACAAACUAAAGCCUGGUUCGCUUAUAAUGUUUAGCUGACCCUAGUUAAAACGGACAAGCAAGACUCUGGCUCGCUAAUCCUGUUGAGCUGACCCUGGUUAAGGUGAACAAGCUAAAGCCUGGCUCGCCAUUCUUGUUUAGCUGACCCUUGUUAAGUUGAACAAACGAGACUCUGGCUCGCCAUUCUUGUUUAGCUGACCCUUGUUAAGUUGAACAAACGAUACUCUGGCUCGCCAUUCUUGUUUAGCUGACCCUUGUUAAGUUGAACAAACGAGACUCUGGCUCGCCAUUCUUGUUUAGCUGACCCUUGUUAAGUUGAACAAACGAUACUCUGGCUCGCCACUCUUGUUGAGCUGACCCUGGUUAAGGUGGACAAGCUAAAGCCUGGUUCGCUACUCUCGUUUAGCUGACCCUGGUGUAGACGGACAGACAAGACUCUGGCUCGCCAUUCGCGUUCAGUCGACCUCUGGUGAACUUAGCGCUACUGACCUUCUGGCUGUUGUUAUCAUGAUAUAGAACCUCGCUAAGGUGGACAAACAGGCUUGCAAAUAUUAUACAGUCGACCCCUUCCCAAGUGGACAAACUACCCGGCCAUAAUGUUUGCCCCGUAGAAUAUCCCCUUAUUAAGGUGUAUAAACAAGCUUGUAUGUUCUUAUUGUAAGUCGAGCCUUCCUAAAAUGGACGGUCUCAUAAAGUCCCCCCCCCCCCUCCCGCUACAAACAGAUCAAACAGACUUGCUGACAUUGCAUGUUCGAUCCAUGCUUAAUUGAACAAGCCUUUGCUAUGAAUUGCUUGAGUCUAUGGACCCUUUAUAUAUUGGACAUAUUGGACCAAAGUCAAAUAACCCUAUUCAUUUCACCCUCAAUAACUAGGGCAGUCUUCGAUAUACGCCGCACUAACCGAGAUCUUUCUUGUGAGCAGAGACCUCGACGACACAUAAACCUAUUCGCGCGUUAGAUUUUUUUCUCCAAUUUCACAUAAUAAAUUAAUAUUUAUCAGAAUACCAAAAUAAACCCCAUAUUACAAA